CCCUCGUCGCGACGGAAGCGGCGCUCCCUGGCCCUCCCUCGCCGCGACGGGCGGCGGCGUUGCCGCGUGCCACUUUUUUACUGAGAUAAUUGCCUUCCCCCUCGGGUCCCUUCUCCCCUCCGCUGUCCACACCUCUCGUCGCAGCAUCUCGCCGUCGCCGGUAGCCUCCCGCCGCGCGGUCCCCCGUUCCGGCUACCGAGGCCUUCGCGUCCUCCUCGGGCCUACUCCGCUGCCCCCUUCCUAGUUGUGGGCGCGCGCCGCUCUGUUCUUGCACGCCGCCGCUCGCUCCUCCCUCCCCCGGGGUCGUCCCUGGUAACCCCGAGUUAAAGAGGCGGCGCCGCGACGUGUUUCGACUUCGUCCGCGAGCGCUUCGCAAGGUGGGAGAGGUUUCUGCAUUCUUGUAACCAUGUUGGAAAAGAUCGGACUGCCACCAAAGCCAUCUAUGCGAGGGGCUAGCUGGGUGGUGGAUGCAACACACUGCCAAGGUUGCUCUGUUCAAUUUUCCUUGUUCACUAGGAAGCAUCAUUGCCAAAGAUGUGGAGGUUUGUUCUGCAGCAACUGUACCCAGCAGAGGAUGGUUUUACGUGGACAGGGUGAUUCACCUGUUCGAAUUUGUGAUCCUUGCAAAAAGCUUGAAGAAGCAGCACGCUACGAGCUGAGAUAUGGACACAAAAACAGAGCUUCAAAAGCUAACGCAAAAGCAGCUUCUAACCCGGAGGAUGAUGUUCUUAGUGAAAUUCUUGGAGGGGAUGGAGUGCAGACCAAGUUUUCUCGAAGGGAGUCUCUAGAUCCCGAGCUUCCUGGUGCAUCUAGUUCUAGUUCCAGUUCCAGAAGAACUUCUGGUGCUUUUAGUAUAGAUGGUAAUGGAGAUGGGAACCUCUCUAUCGAAGCACAAAAUUAUGAACUCAACAAUACUGGGUCAAUUUUUACCCCAGAGGAAUUGCGCCAGCAAGCAGUAGAAGAGAAAAAGAAGUACAAAACUCUGAAGUCAGAAGGUAAACCUGAGGAAGCACUUCGGGCUUUCAAGCAUGGCAAAGAGCUUGAGAGACAAGCCGCUGCACUGGAAUUAGAAUUAAGAAAGAACAAGAGAAUGGCUACAAAAGCUCCUAAUGUAAGUGCUGCAGUUAGUGUCAAGAAUCUGGAUGGUUCUGAUGAGGCUGAAUCAAAGAAGUCCUUACCUGGGAAAAGGGUUAGGAAAGAAAAGAAUGAUCUUGCAUCUGAACUUAAAGAUUUAGGCUGGUCAGAUGCAGAUCUUCAUGAUGAAACAAAAACAAUUGCUAUGAGUGUGGAAGGAGAGCUGUCACAGAUUCUUAGAGAGGUAGCACCCAAAUCAUCGGAGGGCAACAAAACCAGCAGUAUAGACAAAUCUGAGGUUAAUGCUCUGAAAAGACAGGCCCUGUUGCUGAAAAGACAAGGUAAACUUGCUGAAGCAAAGGAAGAGCUGAAGAAAGCUAAAAUUUUGGAAAGACAACUAGAAGAGCAGGAGAUUCUGGGUGAAGCAGACGAGUCUGAUGAUGAUUUGGCUGCACUUAUUCAUAACAUGGACGGUCGCAAUCAGGAUGACAUUCUUUUGGACAAUCCAAGAUUCCCUGUUUUUAAUUUUGAACAACUACUGGGUACCUCUGAUGAUCUUCCCAUUGAUGGCAAUUUUGAUGUUACAGAUGAUGACAUGAAUGACCCAGAUAUGGCUGCUGCCCUAAAAUCAUUUGGCUGGAAUGAAGAGGACGAGAUAGAAAUGGAAAGUUAUGGUCCUAUUUCUUCUUUGAAUCAUGAGGCACUAAAGGAGCAAGUGCUUGCUCUUAAAAGAGAUGCUGUUGCCCACAAGAAGGCUGGUAAUGUUGCAGAGGCCAUGUCAUUGCUUAGGAAGGCAAAGCUCCUUGAGAAGGAUUUGGAAAUUGAACAAUCAGACUCAAAAGUUCCUUCCCCACAAGGACAGAGGAGCACGGAAGAUAUCACCGUCACUGAGAUGAAUGCCCGGCCUUUGUCUGCACCAAAAUCUAAGCUUGCAAUUCAGAGAGAACUGCUGGCCUUGAAAAAGAAGGCACUGGCGUUGAGAAGGGAAGGAAAGGUGGAUGAGGCUGAGGAAGAAUUAAAGAAAGGCAUUGUUCUUGAGAAGCAACUUGAAGACCUUGAAAAUUCUUCUACUAGGCCCAUGGUUCAGGAAAAUAGGGGCUUUGUCUCCACUCCCCCGUAUAAGGUUGAACCUCCAAGUCUGGAUCUUACUGAUGAAGGGUAUGAACCUGACAUAACUGACAAUGACAUGCAGGAUCCAGCAUUGUUAUCUGUGUUGAAAAAUAUGGGAUGGGAAGAUGAUGAUGCUGACUCUGUGAGCACAAUUAAUAAGCCAUUGAAUAGUUCACAUAUAGUUUCUCAGAAACCAAUGAAGAGCAAGGGUCAGAUUCAGAAGGAAUUACUUGCUAUAAAAAGGAAAGCUCUUGGAUUCAGACGGGAAGGAAAGAACACAGAAGCUGAGGAGGAACUGGAAAAGGCAAAGGCCUUGGAGCAGCAACUGUCAGAGAUGGAAGAGUCCAGUAACUUGACUGCUAGUCAACAAAGUGCAAGCACCACUGGACAGCAAAAUAGGGAAAAUAAGUCUAGUGCUCUACAGGAUCCUGCCCCUAGUCCUGAGCUUGCUGCAUCUAUGGAUGCUCAAGCUAGUUCCCAAAGCAUACCGCCAAUUGAACCAAUCAUCCCUAAACCAGAUCAUGCAUCAAAAGUUCAUUCUGAAGGAACACGUUCAACCAUGGCCCAGCCAUCCUUUACUGAUCCGCUGGUAACAGCAGAAAGAUUGCAUUCACCUUCUGAUAUACAUGAUCAUAAAGAACCUCAGAAUUUGCACGGACAUGACACACUCAAAGAUGAAAUAUUACUUCAUAAGCGAAAAGCAGUUGCUUUUAAGAGGGAAGGUAAACUGGCAGAAGCUAGAGAAGAACUGAAACAGGCAAAACUCUUAGAAAAGCGUCUUGAAGUCUCUCAAGAGAACAGUGCAAACAGUAAGGAUGAAUCAACAAAACCUAUUGUGCAAGAGACCAACUUGAUCCAACAAUCUGCUGGUGCCAACACCCGUACUGAUGACAUUCCCUCUGCCCCUCCAGCACAAGAGAUAAAGGCAGUUCAGCCUCCGAAAGUAUUGUCUAGUCGAGACCGUCUGAAAAUCCAGCGUGAAUCCCUUGCUCACAAACGCAAUGCACUCAAGUUGCGGAGAGAAGGAAAGACCGCAGAAGCAGACGCGGAAUUCGAGUUGGCUAAGUCACUGGAGAGCCAACUGGAAGAAUCAGAAAGCCAGGUUUCUGGAGGCAAGUCAUCUGACACAAACGAUGCAGCUGUGGAGGAUCUUCUUGAUCCGCAAAUCAUGUCUGCGUUAAAAUCGAUCGGUUGGAGUGAUGCUGAUCUGUCCACGCAAUCCUCUAACGCACGGCCUUCGAAGAAAGCCGAGGCAAAGCCAACUGCGGCAGCUACAACCAAGCCUCAGAAUGAGAAGACCCAGCUUGAGGAGCAGAUCAAGGCUGAGAAACUGAAGGCUCUAAGCUUGAAGCGUGAAGGGAAACAAACAGAGGCUCUGGAGGCCCUCCGAUCAGCAAAGCGGCUGGAGAAGAGGUUGGCAUCACUUGGCUAACAAGUCGUCCAAUCUUCAUAAGCGUUUGAGAAAUGUUGAAGACUGUGAUGCCCCCAGUUGGAAACACAGGCUUAUGACUUGUGAGCCUGAGCAGUGAGCACACACGACUUCAAGGUCAUCUUCUGUAUGUGAAAAAUAAAUGCUGAUGACCAAUGAUUCUUUUCACGGAUAGGGGUGCAGUGGUACGUGCAAUCAUCCAGGGUACGAAAAUUGUAUCGUCUGAACAUUAGUUCACUUGACAGUGGAUUUGAUUUGCCUUGGCUAUCUUGAAUUCUUCACGUAUCAUACUUCAACCUGCCGAUUCUGAUUAAGAUCAAUGCAUGCUCAUGCUCAGGAGGAUGGAACUAUAGUUUUGAGUAAUUCGUAUGUAAUUUACUGUAUGUAUAACUGACGCCUAAAUGCAGCAUUGCAUUUGUGAAGUGACGUGACAGGAUAAUUGACAGCCUUGUUGGUGCAGUAUACGCCGGUAGAGGUUCUAAUUCGAGACAUUUUAACCUGAUUAUUUCUCGCUUUGGAUCGGUAAGCCUUUUAUGAUGUUAACUUGGGAUUAAUGGUAAGGGAAAAAACCGUAGUGCUUUAACUUAGUACACUACUUGAAAAACUUUGUAGGACAGAUCAAGCUCAUU